AUGGUGCGGACUCGGCGAGGGAACGGCACGUCGUUAGGUGGGACAACAGAGUCUCCAGUUGUGGCAAAUGGAACAGAAACCCCUAAAGAAACGAUGAAAAGCUUGUUGAAACCACAGUUGAAGUAAGGAGAGUUUGAGUAUUGUUUUUGGAUUUUAGGAUUUGAUUCUGAGAGUUCCUCUAUGUCGAACUUGUUUGGUUUAGAAUAAGGGUAAAAACAGGUUUUAUUGGAAGGCAGUUGGCAGAAAAGUCAAGAAAUGAAUGAAGCUAAAUUUCUGAAAACUUACAGUUAUUCUCAAGGCGGAUUUCGUCGAAUUGCAUUGAAAUUGAAGAAGGUGUCUUCUUUAUACCUAAAUUAUUAUAAAUUUCUGCGAAAUUACAUAAGAAUACGCCUAAAGCUUGUUUCAAAUAUGUAUUACAACCUAUUGUUGCUGCUACACGCUAUUUUCUGGCAAUAGAGAUUUCUUUUAAAAAGAAUGUGGACUUUUAUCUUUUAUAUUAUCCAUGCCAAAAUUCUUCGAGUUUGAUAACUAACUUGAUUUGUUUUCAGAGCGCAAGCAGCCCACAGCCCUAAUGAGUCAACUGAGGAACCUAAAACCCCGAAAAAGAACACUAAUAAUAAUGGGACGCCUGUAAAGUCAUUCGCCUUCCUUCUACAACAAGGAAUCUUGUCAAAUGAUGUGGAGAAAGUGGGAAGUGCGAUAAAGGCUUGCGGGAAGGACAGAGCGUCAGCUCAUCAAACAGCUGAAGAUCUGGAUUCGACAAAAGUGAUCCCUCUGCUUCAAAUGAUGGACCGAGUUUUCCGAGAAGGCCAAAAGAAAAGAAGUAACUCGUUGUACCUCAGAGACCUUAAAUAUUGGAUUGAUUUUCUGGAAGUGACACUUCAGGCACAUGCGACUUUCCUCUCGACAGUAAGUUUUUUUACAUUCUUUGGUUUUUCGAGAUUUAGGAUAUUACACUUGACAUCUGAUGCGGAUUGCUGAUUUUCGGGCUAAAAUCAUGUCCGAGACAUCAGCAUUUCGUCAAAAAUUGAAGAAUUAGAGCGUAAUCUCUUUUAUUGCAGGUUUCAAACUUGGAUCAGCAGAUUGGAAGUCUCAUCGAAUACGUCGAAGCUCGGACAGCUAAUCUCGAGAAAUUGAUGAAACUUGACGGUAAAAUCACUUUCUUCUGUGAGCAAGUGCAGCGACGAUUAAAUCCUGUGAAGUAUGUGGAACAAGAACCUCAAGUCAUCUUUGAAGGUAAGAUUUUUUGAGAUCUCUGAUAUUAUCCAUGACGAAAAAAGCUCGAUUUUUUUGUUUUCAUCUAUCACAUAUCUUACUCUAUUUCCUUUCAGAUGAUCUCUCGGACUCGGAUAUCGACCCUACCAAGGAGCACUCGGCGGAAAUUGACGCGGAUUCUGAUGCCGAAGCUGACUGGUUCGGAGAUACCGCUGACAAAGAGUUAGAAGAGGACUUACUUGGGGACGAUGAUGACGAAUAA